AAAAAAUAUACACCUUUUCUUUUGAUAUCUCUCUAUUUUGCUGAGUUUGAUGAUGAUCUCUGCAAUGUCUCUUGUCUAGUUUUCAUCAAUUUCUUCAUCUUACCAAAACUUCCAAGAUAUUUGUAAGGUUGAACUCAGAAGCUUUCUCGAAACAUUUUUCAGAAAAUGGCUCCCUCAACGGUAGAUGGACCUUCAAAUGGCUCAACGAAACCAAAGGAGGAAGAAGGAAUCAUACCUUCUUUGUUUGAAAUUGAUGACUCUGAUCUAUGUAAAUUACUAGAAAGGCCGAGACCUCUUAAUAUAGAGAGGAAGAGGUCGUGUGAUGAGAAAUCAUUUAGUGAUAUGUGUUCGAUUACGAUGUCACCACGUAAUAAUUUUUACAGAGUCAGUGAUAAUUCGUCACGUGGUGGCUUUAAUUUAGAUGGCAUGUAUUCACCAGGCAGAUGGACAGGAACUCCUCGAAGUGACUACUUUGAGCCUCAUCCUAUUGUAGGAGAGGCUUGGGAGGCAUUGAGGCGAUCAAUGGUCAACUUUCGUGGUCAACCUGUUGGGACUAUUGCUGCAAUUGAUAAUUCUUCAGAGGAACUUAAUUAUGAUCAGGUUUUUGUAAGGGACUUUGUGCCUAGUGCAUUGGCCUUCUUGAUGAACGGGGAGCCAGAUAUAGUAAAGAACUUUCUGUUGAAAACUGUUUUCCUCCAAUCACGUGAGAAAAAGGUAGACAAAUUUAAAUUAGGAGAAGGGGUAAUGCCGGCAAGUUUUAAAGUGCUCCACGACCCUGUUAGGAACACGGAGACCAUAUUAGCAGAUUACGGUGAAAGUGCUAUUGGUCGAGUGGCUCCGGUUGAUUCGGGUUUCUGGUGGAUUAUUUUGCUUCGGGCCUAUACAAAGUCAACUGGGGACACCACCCUAGCUGAAAUGCCUGAAUGCCAACGGGGUAUUCGGCUAAUUAUGACUUUGUGCCUUUCUGAAGGGUUUGAUACGUUUCCUACAUUGCUUUGUGCUGAUGGUUGUUGUAUGAUUGAUCGCAGAAUGGGUGUUUAUGGCUACCCGAUUGAGAUACAAGCAUUGUUCUUUAUGGCUCUAAGAUGUGCCUUGGUUCUUCUAAAGCGUGAUUCUGAGAAUUAUGAAUGUAUCGAUAGAGUAGUCAAACGGCUUCACGCCCUAAGCUUUCACAUGAGAAGUUACUUUUGGCUUGACAUUAAGCAACUAAACGACAUAUACCGCUACAAAACAGAGGAAUACUCUCAUACCGCGGUCAACAAGUUCAAUGUCAUUCCCGACUCACUUCCCGACUGGGUUUUUGAGUUCAUGCCGACCAGAGGAGGUUACUUUAUUGGGAACGUGAGUCCUGCCAAAAUGGAUUUCCGAUGGUUUUGCUUGGGUAAUUGUGUAGCUAUAUUGUCUGCGUUAGCGACCCCAGAACAGAGUUCUGCUAUAAUGGAUCUUAUUGAAUCACGAUGGCAAGAACUUGUUGGUGAAAUGCCACUAAAGAUUUGUUAUCCAGCGAUGGAAAGUCACGAAUGGAGAAUUGUGACCGGGUGUGAUCCGAAGAAUACUAGCUGGAGCUAUCAUAAUGGUGGAUCUUGGCCAGUGCUCAUAUGGCUUCUCACAGCCGCAUGUAUCAAGGCAGGACGACCCCAGAUCGCAAAGCGAGCCAUUGAGUUAGCAGAAAGCCGAUUAUUGAUGGACCAAUGGCCUGAAUAUUAUGACGGUAAACUCGGACGGUUUAUAGGAAAGCAAGCUCGUAAGAACCAGACGUGGUCCAUAGCAGGUUACUUGGUGGCUAAAAUGAUGCUGGAAGAUCCAUCUCAUUUAGGUAUGAUAUCACUUGAAGAAGACAAGCAGAUGAAGCCUCAAAUGAAAAGAUCUGCUUCAUGUUAAUUACUUCAAUAUAUACUAUUAUUUUCCUCGUUUCAGUUUUUAAUAUUCGUAUUAUACGCACACGCAUUAAUUGGGGUUUCAGUUUGAAUAAUGGUUUUGUACUUGGAGAUUUUGUAACUCAAAGAGUAUACAUUGGUGUGUGUGGGUAUGAAAAAGGUAAAAUGUCGAGACUCUUUCCAUAAA